UUGAGAGUUGUAAAAGGUAACGUUAGCUAGCGGACCGGCCUGACCACCGGUACAAGUAUAAGUACUGCUCAGAGGACACGGCUGGUGGUCCUGGCAGGCAUCAUUUUCGGAGUAUACUGGUUUCAUGAGAUGUGCACCACUCUGUGCUGCCUCUCGUUCCUCCAGCUAGGUAACAGCUGCAGCAAAGCAGAUGCGACAGCUAACUAGCUAGCUAAGUUGGCUAGCUGUCGAGCCGAGCAUCAGCACCGGCUUUGACGAGAGCGAGCAUCUCCAUCAGUUUACACGCCCGACCAGCCAGUUAACUUGUUAGCCAUUUAUGUAGUGAGGCAGCCAGUGGGAAGCUAUCCCUCAGACCUAUCAUAAGGAGAGAUGUAUCAACUCCCAGUGAAUAACCUUGCAAGAAUCAGGAGAGCUAGGAAACAAGUGAAGAAAGCACUUGGAGACAUUGGACUGGACUACUGCAAGGAGGCAGCAGAGGAAUUCAAAGAGUUUUGCCCUGAUGAGCAGUUUGUGAAGGGAACACUUUGCCUUGAUAUCUGUGCAUGGGACCCAUCAUACUCUAAAACACAGGAAUACAGAUCGAAGCCAUUUUGCUGCACAGAGUGCCCAUUCUCUUCCAAAUACUACUCAGGCUACAAGAAUCACUUCCGCAAUGUACACAGGAAAAUCUUUGAGAGUAAAAUUCUGCUCAACUGUCCAUACUGCACAUUCACUGCAAGCAAGAGAACUUUGGAGACGCAUGUUAAAAUAUUCCACAAACCCAGUUCAGCACGGCAGAACUAUGGGAACUCACAGGGAACUGCACUGGGAAAGGACAGAACGUAUUUUGAUAGGGCCAGACAGGGAGAUGGUGUAGAGAAAGCAAUGUACUUUUGCAAAAAAUGCACGUUCCGGGACACACUCUACAAUGUGGUGAGAAGACACAUCUACAGGGAACAUUUUCAGCACAUAGUCUCACCAUAUCUUGGUAUGGUUUCUGAAUCAUCUGUCAAAAAUGGUGCUAACUCGGUCAAUGGUAACAACAUUCUCUGUAAACGCUGCCAGUUUUCCACUCGUAGCUAUGAGGCUCUAGUACAACAUGUUGUAGAGUACCACGAGCGCAUUGGUGCUCAAGUAACCACCAUGAUUGGACAUGCUAAUAUUAUUGUCUCUAGGCCUCAGUCAUUACCAAAUGCAUCUCAGAAGCCCCCUCUGAUCAUCAGCAGGGGCCACACACACAGAGCCGACCCAAUCGCACAACCAGUAAUUGGCUAUUUAAAACCAGCGGUUUCUAUUGUUAAAAAUCAGUCUUCCAUUGCAGCCAGUCAGGUGCGCGUCACAGUUCCUGGCAACAGCACUGUGGCUGAAAAUAAUUCUGCAGGUGUAAACACAGCCCAGACACAGAAGUGGAAGAUCUGUACAGUUUGCAAUGAGCUUUUUCCUGAAAACCUCUAUAAUGCUCAUUUCGAGAAUGCGCACAAGGCAAAGAAAGUGUGGGCGCUAGCCAAGUACAUCAUGAAAAUCCACAACUUCACCAGCAAGUGCUUGCUUUGCAACCGUUAUCUACCCAGCGACACGCUGCUUAAUCACAUGCUCAUCCACGGGCUCACCUGUCCACAGUGCCACUCUGCUUUCCACAGUGUUGAGAACAUCAUGGAGCACGUGGCACAGGCUCAUCCCGAUGACUUUGUUGGACCCCCUGGAGCAUCACCUUUAACAUUUGAUCUCACAAUUAAACAAGACAAGUCCAGUAACGUACAGCUUGUUGUUCUCACUUUUAACAUGAAGGAAUCUAUUAACGGUCAAGAUCAGUCUGCCCCUGCUCAGAAUAGUGUUCCACCUCUGGUCAAAGUCACCGCUCCCAGAAUGAUUGAGAAGAAGAGUGAACCACUUCCUGGUAGAAGUUUCCCCUCAGCGACUCACAAGAGCGAGGUUGGAAAGACUUUGUGUCCGCUGUGUUUCACCAUCCUUAAAGGUCCCAUCUCUGAUGCUUUGGCCAUACAUCUGAGGGAGCGACACCAAGUGCUCCAGACAAUGCAUCCUGUUGAAAAAAAGAUGACGUACAAGUGCAUUCAUUGCUUGGGGGUGUACACCAGCAACAUGGUGGCCUCCACAAUCACGUUGCAUCUUGUGCAGUGCAGGGCUGUUGGUAGGACCCAGACAAGCCAAGGCUUCAAAUCUGCCUUGACUCUCAACUCAUCUGGGGCCGGCUUCCUGAAGAGGCAGCCACCAAUGCAGGCCAUGUCCAACCCCAAGAAAAUAAAACUAAGCAAGGAGUCAAAGCUUUCCUCCACAACCGUCAGAAAUCAGUCUGAAACUGACGGCCUUGCUCUGGAUCCUAGAAGCUAUGAGCACAAGACGUACGAGGCCAGGAAAGAUUUCCUGACAGCUUACUUCAACCGGCGACCAUACCCUUCUCCUCAGGAAGAGGAGAAGCUGUCUGCAAGUCUCUGGCUGUGGAAGUCCGACAUUUCUAGCCACUUUGCAACCAAGCGGCGGGUAUGUGAGAGACAAUGUGAAACCAAGAAGGUGUCUGUGCUGCUCGGCUUCGACAUGCACGCUGUCAAGAAAGUUAAGCAUGACUUGAUAUUUGAGGAGAGCAAGCUUGAUGGCAUCUCAGUGGGGAGAUCCGGAGGCCUCAAGUCUGGUACUCCAAGCACGGACCAAAACAGGCAGUGUGAGACACUGAACUGUACCUUGAAACUCAGCACAUGCACAGAGACCAUUUCCAUUGACUCAGACAGUGAACCAGAAACAGAGGAUAGACCUACUGAGAAUGGAAAUGUUGACGUGAACCAACAUGAGAAUGUAAAAUCCCAGGAGCCAGCAAACCUGACAGGAGGGACAGAACCUGUGAACACUGUAGAUCCUUCUGGAGGGAAGGAGAGCUCUUUGCAAGAUGGGAAAGCAAAUGCCUGGAUGACCUUCUGUUAGUGUCCCUGCUCAGCAGUGUGCCUUGGUUGAGUAACAGUUCAGUUGUAUAAAUUAAGAUGAAGAAAAUCUACCAACAGUUACAAAUCACAAAUAUUUGGUCAAAUGGCAUGGGUCAAUAAAAACCUUCAAUUACAGAUGCUAUCAGUGUUGGAAAGGAGGAAAAAAGUUACAUUAUAGUGCAUAAGUAUAUGCCAUAUGUAAGUGACAUUGUAUAUAUUUUAGCCAUUGUCCUUUGUUAGGUUCCGCAUACAAUGUGUUAUUCACCUUUUAACUGUCACGAGAUUUCUCAAUUAUGCCAACUUCCCUACUUCCAUAGCUUUGCUUUCUCAACUGUGACAAACUGUAUGAUAUUGUCAUUUCACAUUUAGAAAGUGUAGGGUAUUGGUAAUUGCUUAUGUAGACGUUUUAAUAAAUGUUUUAAUAAAAACAUA